AUGCCCUCGUACGGCUCCACCGGCUCGCCCUCUCUGAAAAUGGAAUCAGGCUACGGCAACGGCUACAACAGCCAGCGUGCCUCCUCGUUCAGUGUUGGCCGCAUCAUCGGCGAUCCCUUCGCGCUAGCGACCAUCUCCAUCGGUAUUCUCGCCUGGGUCAUCGCCUUUGUCGCCAGCAUAAUAUCCGCCCUUCGCGGCGGCUUCCCCAACUUCGCGUGGUGGACGCUGGUGUUCAUGUUCUUCUGCAUCGUCGGCGUCACCGUCACCGUCGCCUCGGAUGCGGAGAGGACCUACCAUGUUGCAAUCGUGGGCUUCCUUGCCGCUGGGCUCGUCUUCACCACUUCCUCGGUCAACUCGCUGGUCUACUCGCCAGUCGCUCCCUUCGAGGCGGCAGCUGCCGGCUACAUCCUGCUCUCCAUGAUCGCAAUUGUGUGGAUCUUCUACUACGGCUCCCAGCCAGCCGCGCGCCACCGCACCUUCGUCGACUCGUAUGCCCUGCACAAGGAGCAGCCCGGCUCGCGCUCUUCCCGCCCAAUCUCCAACGGCUACACCAACCGCCCGCAGACCCAGAUCUCCAACAGCCAACAACCGCAAAUGUACACCUCCGCCCAACUCAACGGCUUCGAAACCUCCUCGCCCGUCUCUGGAUAUCCCGGCGGCCCAGCAGGCGCCCAAGGCCGCAACAGCUCCGCCCCGCAAUUCGGCGGCAUCAACCCCCAAACACCCACACAAGAGCCCGCAGAGCAAAGCAUCGAGUAUCCGUACCGUGCAAAGGCCAUCUACAGCUACGAGGCGAACCCAGACGACGCCAACGAGAUCAGCUUCCAGAAGCACGACAUCCUGGAGGUCUCAGAUGUCAGCGGGCGGUGGUGGCAGGCGAAGAAACCCAACGGCGAGACGGGUAUUGCGCCGAGCAACUACCUCAUCCUGCUGUAA